GAUAUUUCAUGAACCCUGCACACGCUUGUCUUGACGCAGCCAAGACACCCACAGCCAAACCCCCCUCUGAUCUAAAAGGUUCAUGCGUUGAGACCAACCUUAUAUGGACGGAUCGAACAAGCGGAUUGUCCGAGAGAAAGGUGCUUGGUGCUGCAACUUUUUUUGUCGCCCCCCACCAGAAUAUGUCGUUGACCAACACAAAGACGGGCUUCUCUGUAAAGGACAUUUUGGACCUUCCGGACACAAAUGACGAAGAAGGAUCUAUCACCGGGGCGGAGGAGGACACGGAGGGUUCGGAGAGCACGUCCACAACGAAAAGCACUGGAGUUUUGGUCAAAAGUCCUCUGGAAAACGUGCAGAACUUGCCUUUAAAGAACCCAUUUUAUGACACGAGUGACAAUCCCUACACACGAUGGCUCGCCACUACGGACAGUAUUCAAUAUUCAUUGUUCCUUCCCUUUCUCGCCGCCGCAGUGCACGGCCUCUCCGCCGGCUCCCAGGACUCGGCCAAGUCCCCGGAGCCGUCCGCGGACGACGAAUCGCCGGACAACGACAAGGAGACGUCCAGCAGCGGUGGGAGCGACUCCGGCAAGAAGCGCAAAAGGCGGGUGCUGUUCUCCAAGGCGCAGACCUACGAGCUGGAGCGCCGCUUCCGGCAACAGAGGUACCUGUCAGCCCCAGAGAGGGAGCACCUUGCCAGCCUGAUCCGCCUCACCCCUACUCAAGUAAAGAUCUGGUUCCAGAACCACCGGUAUAAGAUGAAGCGAGCCCGGGCCGAGAAAGGUAUGGAAGUGAGCCAUCUCCCUUCUCCUAGGCGGGUGGCCGUGCCCGUCUUAGUCAGGGAUGGGAAGCCCUGUCACACCCUUAAAGCUCAGGACUUGGCGGCCACUUUUCAGGCCGGGAUCCCGUUCUCGGCGUACGGUGCGCAGUCGCUCCAACACAUGCAGUAUAACGCGCAGUACAGCGCCACGGCCACACCGCACUUCCCCACGGCGCACCACUUGGUGCAAACGCAACAGUGGACUUGGUGAGGGACACGAUAGAGACUUGUCUUUGGGAAGGUUUCACCACACACGCAAGAAAGGGAAAGCGCACACGCACUCACACACACACACACAAAUACACAAAAAAGACUUCAUUUUUGCAGCAUAUACAGUACAUAGUACCGUUUUUAUUCGGGGCUCAUGUGUGCACCGUGUUUACAUGUUUUCGUUAAGAGAACUGGCUCCAAAAAACCUCUUGUCCCUUAUAGAUUUUAUUGAGAAUGUCAAUGCUCUUCUUGUGAACAUUUUUUUGUAAAAAGUAUGUUGUGUGUUGGUUGUAGAUAUAUUUUCUUUCCCACCCCCUCGUGUUAUUAUCAGCACGUACGAACCACUUUAUAAUUAUAGAAAUGUUCAUUUCUUGCUUCUUUUAUGGACCGAAAAAUAUUUAUGGCCAUGAAUAAACACUGGCAACUUUUCAGAUAUUCCUAUCCUAGUUUGUUUUCAUUUAAUGUACAUUUUUGGUGCCAAAAUGCACGUAAAUUAAUGCGUUCAUAACCAUCAUCAAAUCAUAACCCCACGAAUUGCACAUAUUAAAAUAACACAGCUGAGGAGUAACUAUCGUUACCUUCAUUUUUUCAAAAUUAUAUACAUCUAAAGAAAAAAACCCUCAUCAAAACAAAAAACUAUUUUGACAACAGCAUAGAGCGUGAGCACUUCAGUUUUUUCUGUUGAAGUAAAUUUAAUCCAGGGGAAUAUUUGUCCUAAAUCUAAACACC